CUGCAUCCCGAAAUGCCGAGCUAAGAAUGCUUCGAAAGGUACACAAUACUAGUGUUCCGUUUAAUGCAGCGGAGCCGCAGAAAGUCGAUGAACAGUAUAUCGACGUGACUACAUCCAUUUGACGUCGAGUGCCACCGCGAGGGUGCGCCCUGACUCUGGUUCUGUUGCUGUGGGCACAUCGCGGGGGCAGUUCAGUCCCUGCCUACCCUUCAGCUGCUGCGGACGCCUCCAGACUUAACUAUGGCCAGCUUCGAUCUGCUUCCAGACGAGAUACUUCUCAAGAUAUUCUCAUACUUGGGCAUUGAUGACGUGGCCCUGUCUGUCAGAAAUGUCUGCACUCGGUGGAGUAAGGUUUCAGACGACGAUGAGAUAUGGGCGUACUUGCGUUACAGCCCCAAUACAAACGACCCACUCGAACAAAUUAUAUUCAUGUUGGAAAAUAUGCCGGCUCUGAGACAAUUUGAGUACACAGGAACCUGCAAUGUCAUAGAAAACCUAUGUGAAUGCUGCAGAAAUGUCAGCGUUUUACAUAUUCCCUGCACCACAUUAAAUGCAACCCAUCUUCAGUUAGUCAUGGAAAGUCUAACCGAGUUGAGUGACCUUGGAAUUCUAAUGAGUCCUACGGAAGAAGGGCUUAAGAUAACUCGCAUUAUUGGUCAAUCCGUCACUCUUGCAUGUUUACACCUGUACUCGUCUCAUGAGGACACUACAAUGCCCGGCCUGUUGAAGCCCAUAGCAGACGGAUGUCCAAAUUUAGUCGUACUAGAAUGCGAAUCCUUCAACUGUCCAACCGAUGAGAUCUGUUACUUGCUGCAGCGCAAGAAGCGUCAGCUCCUGACAUAUGAUCACUACGGGGCAGUCACUGCCAACUUCUUCGCGGCUCUCAAGGAGUGCACCAAUCUGAAAAGUCUCUCCCUCAUAGCAAUCGAAAUUUACGGUCUGUUUAAUGAAUCUCCUCCCGCGAUGAAUUUAAAAAAUUUAAAAGCGUUACAGAUAUCAGACUGCAGGUUUCCCACGGUAAAAAUAAUCCCUCUAACUCUAUUUCUGAACACAUUGUCCCAUUUAUCGUACAUUGGCAUACCUCAUACCAGCGGAAACAUAGACGUUAUUACGAAUAAGAUCCUGCUUAGGUGCCCAUUGCUUACGCACCUCGAUCUUGGUGGAAAUGAACUUCACUGCAGAGGCCUGAGAAAUAUAAGGUCUUGUACAAUGUUGAAGUACCUGGAUGUUUCGGACUGCACACAGCUGGGCAAGAGGGCUAUGAAGUACGUUGCUGAAGGCUGUCCGCAGUUGCAACACCUCGACGUGUCUUAUAUUCCAGUCUCAGACAGAAUGUUCCGGCAAAUUCUGAGAUGUCGCAACCUGAAGGAACUGCUCAUGAAAAACUGUGAUUUAAGGCCCAUUAAUCUGGGAUCUAUUUCAACACAUAUUGACGGUUUACUGUAUCUCUUCAUUGGACCAGAUUAUCAGUUGCCACAUUACGUCAGAGACCAACUGAAGCAGCAAAUGCCCCAGCUGGUCAUAGCUGAGUCUCCACUUACAUGUGACGAGAGCGAAUAUCUCCGAAUGAAAGACAAAUUCAUCCCCAGGCAUUUUUGGUGACGAGUUAGUCUUGCGGACCACUGGAAAAUAUUUUAGAAGUACGUACAUGAAAUCCGAAGAUCUGAUCGUAGAAAAGUGAAGACUGAAUCAUUGCCAAGCAACCAAAUGUCCGAGAUUCCAUCAGUUCGAUUCGUGUAUGAUAAUUUCGACAUGCCAGUCCAUUACUACUCAAAUUUUAUAAUAGAAUGUGCCUUCAGAGAAGAGCCCAAUUUUAUUCAAAGUGAUAUAUUUAUAAUAAUGGAAACAUUUCUCUGGAUUCACUACUAAGAAAGUAAGAUUAAUAUGAAGUCAAUUCUAUAAUUAAAAUAGUCGUUUACGUGAUAUAUCACGCUUUAUUUUACAUCAAUUUGCAUUUUACAUAUGUCACAAAUAUAUA